CGCCGGCGGUGACGUCAUCGCGCUCGCGUUCGGUCUUCUGCUUUCUGACCCUUCGCUGUCACCGUACUUGAGUUCCACAAGCAACAUGGCGGCCUCAAUGUCACCGGCGCUUAGAAAAGUCUUAUGGGUUAGGAAAGCAGCGACGGCCAUUCUCACCCCGACCAGGUCAUUGAGCACUUCCACAUGGAGACAGGCACAGAACCAAACACAAGACAGAGAACUUAUCACCGUGGAUGAAAAAGUGGAUAUCUCCACAAUAACUGGAUUUCCAGAAGAGCAACUCAAAACCAGAAAAGCUCGCAUCUUCGUCCCAGCACGGAAUACCAUGCAGUCUGGUGUACAGAACACAAAGAAAUGGAGAAUUGACUUUGAUACUCGUGAGCGCUGGGACAACCCUUUAAUGGGAUGGGCUUCAACUGCUGACCCCUUGUCUAACAUGGUUCUCUCCUUUACCUCUAAAGAAGAUGCUAUUGCCUUUGCUGAAAAGAACGGAUGGAGUUACGAGGUUGACGAGAAGAGGAUUCCAAAGCCAAAAUCCAAGUCUUAUGGAGCAAACUUUUCUUGGAACAAACGGACCAGGGUAUCCACAAAAUGAAUUGUUAUUGGCUGUCUGUAAGUCUAACUGUGAGCUAAGUCAGCUGCGCUGUAUUUAUAGCACCAGUAUAAUACAACUCUUAAUCUCCUAAUAAAUAUGACCUUUAAACUACAAA